AUGUCCGGCUCCCCGCUCGAAGCUUGGGCAGUCCCCCGACUUGCUAAACUCCUCCCGCUUGACGAUGAAUCACUUAAACAAGUUAUCACAUAUUCCUCUUCUCUCUCCAAAGACGAAAGCGCAGAACAUUUGCGAAAUCUUUUAGACGACUCGCCCGCAGCACUAGAGUUUAUAUCUGCAUUUAAUUCCCGGCGUGGCCAACAGGAAAGACAGGGUGGUAAUGGUGGGACAAACACGAACAGCACGGGUAGUAGAGGUGGCCAAAUACCAAAGAAAAAGGCCGAUACGAAAUCGCAGAGGGGUCCGUUAAAUCCGCCUUCUACAGCGAGGCGGCCGGAGGGAUAUGGGAAUACAAGCGGUGGAUAUGUCAAGUCACAGAAGGAGGAGAAUUAUAUGGCCGGCAGCAGCUCUGGCGGGAAGAGUACCUUGAAUAACGCAUCGCCAGCUUCAUCGCCGAGAAAUCAAUCACCUGCACCCGCACAGUCAAAGAGUAGAUUGCCGCCAUCUGCCACGGGCCCGAUGAUAUCGGAGUACCUACCCAACGUCCGAUCGAAGAAAGCUCCAAAGAAUUUCGGCAACACCACGCCGGUGGCCCCAUCAUCAUCCAGCAAUACUUCACAGAAGAAACCCGGCCGGUCAACCCCUACUACAACCACGACAAAUAACAUAGCGGAUAUCACGUCAGCAAUCGCAGCAUUAGAAGUUUUAUCCACAAAUUCUGCAGGAACCCAACAGCGCAAAUGUAAUUGCGACACAUCCAUCCAUCCUCUCUUCACACCGGCGCCAAACUGCACCUCAUGCGGCAAGAUAAUAUGUGCUCUAGAAGGUAUACAACCAUGUUCGUUCUGCGGCGCACCGAUCCUCUCCAAUGACGAGGUAGAAGACAUGAUCCGGGAACUACGAUCCGAGCGAGGAAACGAGAAAAUGCGUGCUCAUAAUGAUAGCUUCCGCCGGGAUGACCAUGUCCCGUCUACACCACGAACAAACACCGAAAGUAGCACCAAGUUAAAUGCUGCAAAGGCUCACCGGGACAAGCUUCUCUCUUUUCAAGCGCACAAUACGCAGAGAACUCGGAUUCUAGAUGAGGCGGCCGAUUUCGAUAUACCAACCUCAUCUUCUACGCAAUGGAUGACUCCGGCACAGAGAGCGUUGGCACUGAAAAAGCAACAACGGAUGCUGCGCGAACUGGAAGAGCAGUCAAAGCCAGAGUGGGAGAAGAAGAGCGUCGUUAUGAGUCUAGAGGUAAAGAGAGGCAAGAUCGUCCGGACCUAUGAUAGAUCAGAGCAGCCAAAGUUGCAAGAAGCCGAUGGAGAUGCUGAUGCCGAAGAGGCGGCCGCCAACGCUACCGAAUCCCCCGAACUCUCUGUUGGGAAGGGGACUUUCUCCAACAACCCUUUGUUGAAGGGUGCUGGUUUGGUCAGACCUACCUGGAAACUAGCUGGAGAAGACGGUAACGAGCUCCCGGUGCGGAGAAGGGAACAGAAGCAGACCUGGAGACGCGUCCAGGAUGAUAACGAUGACAACGAGCAGUGGAUUCUUGAUGGCGGCUUGCAUGGAUAUGACAAGGAAUCAGAGCCGGCGCAGUGUGCGUAA